AUGAGUCCGAAGGAUUCUCUACCCAGGAAAAAGUCCUGCAAUCAUUGCUACAGAUCGAAAGUGCGGUGUGACCUCAAGAGACCGUCUUGGCUUGUCGACCACAUCGCCGUCCUUCAGCCUUCACCAGCCACCACCGAUGGAGCCGGACUCUCGCCUCAAAUUGCCGCAGAUCUGGUCAGCGCCGACCCGCUGGAUUUCGAAAACAUCCAUCUGAUGUGCACAGUGGAUGAACACAAAAUCCGCGGACGCUGGCUGGAGAGCCUCCUGCCUUCUAUGGAUCAGAGGCCGAAGCCUUAUCAUGCGUCUACGAUGGCUUUCGUCACGCGCAUCUUCAAGUCAUAUCCCAAAAUGUUUCUGACCGACAAUCUUCCUCCUUUCAUUCACUGGUCUCAAAUUGCAUAUGGCAUUGCUGAACCGUUAGCAAAUUGCGUGGAAAUAGCACGCAUGUGGGUGGGACAGACCCCUGAAAGCGCAGCCAUGGUCCAAGAAAUCAUCGGACAGGAAAUGUCGCGGCGUGCAUUUUCGGGUCACUUGGAGCUUUUGGCCAUAUUACAGGUCUAUCUUCUCUACACCAUCAUGCUCUUCUCCUCGGCCAAUGCUGCGAGCUUGGUAGAACAAGAUAUCAUGAUCAAACUCCAAGACUUAGCAGGUGACGUCGCAAGUAGAGGGACCCUUUGUCCUGCCGAGACAAAUGGCAGUCGACCUGACUGGGAAUCGUGGAUUGUCGCUUCCACGAAAAGAAGGACACUAUUCGCUACCUGUUUACUUGACAACCUGGUCAACUUCACCGUGGGCACUCCAUCUUUUGUUGCUGUAGAGCUUGCAGGCCUCCCAGCUCCGGCGAGCAAAACUCUCUGGAAUGCGCGCGAUCGUCGAUCGUGGAACACAGCUUAUAACCAACAACUGGGCCUCUGGUGCGAUGGCGAGCUUCUCAUCAACGAUCUCUGGCCAUAUCCUGGACCAGAUCCAGCACAGGUGCGACAGAAAAAGAUAGAUGAUUGGCUGGCAUCCGUGGACGAAUUUGCUUGGUUCCUAGACAUGGGUACUGGACUCUUGGUUUCGGUCGAUCCAGAGGACAUUCUCAAGAAAGAGGUCGACGGUCUCACUCUUGACCAAGUUGCCUACCUGGGCCAUUGUCUCAUCGAAGUCACCCCCGAGACCUUCGACUCCAAUCUUGCUUUCCUGCGCCGCAAUUUUUCCAGGCUCGACAUAUACCUUGAUGUUCGAAAACUGAAGAGUUGGGACAAUGUCAUUGACAUUCUCAAUAAUGGAGCGUCCAAAAUCUUCGUCACCUUUGAGCAACUAAAGGCUCUGUCGCAAGAGCCUACCAUUUCGGCCGACCGCCUUGUGUUGACGAUUUCCCUUGUCAAUCCCAAAACAGAUAUCGCAAAACUUAAGGCCUUUAUCGAUGACAAUCCAAGAUGGAAGACCGCGGAAUGGGCAUUCGAUGGUGACAAAGGAAACGAGCAUGUGGAUGAUGUGUUGAAAGAGCUGGAUAAUUAUCCUCCAAGUCACGAUCAGACGAUAUUCGUCUCCGUUGCAAGCGAGACUGAAGGGAGAAACUUGCUGCACGAAUACCCCGGAAAUGCUCUGAUUGUCUCUUCUAAAAAAUUGACCUUCGACCCUUCCAAGGACGAAAACAAGAGCCUGAUUCCUGCUGUGGAGCUGAUUCUCGCCGGGGCCACCGCGGAUCGAAAGACAGGCCUUUACGCAACUACGGUGGUUGAUGAGCGGGGCGUUGCGCUGGGCCUGGUCUGGAGCAGCAGAGAAAGUAUCGCCGAAGCCCUCAAAACAGGAACAGGCGUUUACCAAAGUCGAAAACGGGGGCUAUGGCACAAGGGUGCCUCUAGCGGAGACAUCCAGGAACUCAUCAGUAUCGGCUUUGAUUGCGACAAGGACUGCUUGAUCUUCAGGGUCCAUCAGAAAGGACAGGGCUUCUGCCAUCUGAGAACUAUGUCAUGCUGGGGCAAGGUUUCUGGGCUCUCUAGACUACAACGUACACUACAACAACGUAAGAUUGAUGCACCUGAAGGCUCUUACACCGCUCGGCUUUUCAACGACCCGAAACUUGUCAAUGCCAAAAUCAAGGAAGAAGCAGAUGAGCUUUGCGCAGCUACUACAAAGGAAGAGAUUGCCUCGGAAGCAGCCGAUCUGCUCUACUUUGCUCUUGCUCGAUGUAUCGCCGCGGACGUUACUUUGGAAGAUAUCGAGAAGAACCUUGACCUGAAGAGUCUGAAAGUGAAGAGACGAAAAGGCGACGCAAAGCCCCAGUACGUUGAGGAGACGCCUGUCGCUGAAAAGCCACCGCCCACGACCAACGGCGUCGACGGCCACAAAGAUGAAGAAGUCAAAGAAGCCGCAUCUGUGCCAAAAGGACCUUCGGAUCCUGCUGGUAAGACCGAAACUGGUCGCAUACAAUUGACGCGGUUUUCGACAUCGCAAGCUUUCUCGGACGAUAUUCUAAAAGCUGCCUUACAACGACCUUCGCAAAAGUCGAACGAGAAAAUCAUGUCUCUGGUUCAUCCCAUUAUUGCUGAUGUUCGUGCCAAUGGCGACUCUGCUGUUCUAAAAUAUACCCACAGGUUUGAGAAAGCCACCGCUCUGAAAUCCCCUGUACUAAAAGCACCUUUUCCUGAGUCUCUUAUGCAACUUCCCGAAGAGACCAUCAAAGCGAUCAAUACUUCGUACGAUAAUAUCCUCAAAUUCCAUGCCGCCCAGAAACCGUCAGCACCACUGGUAGUGGAGACAAUGCCGGGGGUGACCUGCUCUCGGUUUUCGAGACCGAUCGAGAAAGUUGGUUUAUACAUUCCCGGCGGAACAGCGGUUCUGCCUUCCACGGCGCUGAUGCUCGGUGUCCCAGCAAUGGCUGCAGGAUGCAAGAACAUCGUCCUCGCAUCGCCACCGAGAUCUGACGGCACACUCACACCAGAAAUCGUAUACAUUGCGCACAAGGUGGGAGCAGAAGCCAUUGUUCUAGCAGGCGGUGCCCAGGCUAUCGCUGCCAUGGCCUAUGGGACGGAAUCUGUCACCAAGGUCGAUAAAAUUCUCGGGCCUGGGAAUCAGUUUGUCACGGCUGCGAAAAUGAUCGUCAGCAAUGAUACCUCCGCCGCAGUAUCAAUUGACAUGCCAGCUGGCCCAUCUGAAGUGCUCGUUGUGGCGGACAAGACAGCCGAUCCCGCAUUUGUUGCCAGUGACCUGCUCAGUCAAGCCGAACACGGCACAGACAGUCAAGUAGUCCUGAUUGCUGUUGACCUGACGGAGGAGCAGCUCCAAGCGAUCGAAGACGAAGUGCACAAGCAGGCGCAUGAACUCCCACGAGUGGAUAUUGUUCGGGGAGCCAUCGAACACAGUGUGACCAUCUCUGUGAAGACUCUCACAGAGGCUUUGAAGUGGUCGAAUUACUAUGCACCUGAACACCUCAUCCUACAAAUCGCUGAUCCCCGCGCCGUACUACCCGAUGUCCAGAACGCAGGUUCCGUGUUCCUUGGAGGCUGGACGCCCGAGUCGGUUGGCGAUUACUCUGCUGGCGUGAACCACAGCUUGCCAACAUACGGCUAUGCGAAGCAAUACAGCGGUGUCAACCUCGGAAGUUUCAUGAAGAACAUCACCAGCAGCGAAGUCACAGAGCAGGGUGUUGGGGAGGUCGGCUAUGCAGUGAUGGAGCUUGCACGAUGUGAAGGCCUCGACGCCCAUCGACGAGCCAUGGAGAUUCGUCUAGAGAAGCUCGGACUGAUUAAGAAGAACAGCCUGCAGACAGCCAAUGCUCCUGUUGAGGGUUCAAAAAGCUGA